CGCCUCAAAAAAUCCGCGAGUCCGUGAGUGUGGAGAUUGGGAUUGGGCCAUAGAAUUCCGCUACUGUGUUAAUGCUAUCAAUUGCCACCGUGGGGCGCUUUCCACAAGCUGUGUAAAGUUGUUCCAACCUGUUAAAGGACAAACAGUAAACUAUACAGUUUGUUGCUGACUGGAUGUUGUGAACUGUAGCCUAUUGUUGCGCAAACACCUUUUAAAGAUAAAUAAAAUGAGAAACUGUGAAAACUGACCUCACCCUCAAGUGCACAGUGUGGUUGAACAUAGCCACACGUGCAGAAACAAUUAAAUAGCCUAUAAGAUUUACAUUUUCAGCACUAAUGAUGUCAGCCAAAGUUGAGUUUUUGCAUACGGAUCGCUUAAACAGCAUGUUUCUGCCGUGCCACAGGUCCAGUUGCACAUCUACAGUUUCCUUUGGCACAUGAGCUUUAAACUUGUUUGUUGUUUAGCACGUCGACGUUUGACUUGUCUCAGUGUUUACCAUCCGUUUGCGGCGCUACUUCUCAGAGAACAAGCAGUCACGGUGAGCCACGCCCAGUGUCCAUGUGCUUCAUCCUCCAAUCUCUCCAUCCCUCUGCACCACGCGCUCCGUAUUUUGCAUAAAAUGUGUAUCAGUAGGGCAGCGCUCUCCCCGGCACAUGCAGAGCGCACAUGUAGCGUGGCUUUACUGAACACAUACCACGGCCGAAUAAGCGCAUCAAACUCCCCUCAGCGCAAGAUCCCCGCCAAUGAGAAUGCACAAAAGCGUGUAGGGGAAAGAGAGGGAGAGAAUGGACUCCGCGAGAUACAAAGAGUGAGCCAAAUCCCACGCAAAAAAGACACAACACAAGUUGAGCGAACGCAAAGGCGGUCACAUUUCCUAUACUCACCUGCAAACGUGUUUGAUGUGGGUGUUUGUAUCAGUGGGUGUGCGUAUCAGUGGGUGUGUAUGUUUUGCCUGACACCCCGUUCACGGACCUGCUGACUCUACUUUCUUGGAAUUCAUAAGAAUCAUUUAGCCUAAUCUCCGCUCGUGCUACAUCACAUCCUCUCCAGCCGGGGCGCAGUAUCCAGAGCUCAGAAGGCAUCCAGGUAUCUUUGAGACCAGCUCGUCUAACUCACCUCUUUCAGACAAGAGCAGAGCACUAAGAGACACACCUGCUGACAGUUUACUGGGAAAACUUUGCAUGCACUGGACACAUUUCUGUCACUGCGUCCUCUUUUUGCGCUCCAUGGAGAAGGUGUUUUACCCAAAUCUGUUUUUUGACUUUCUCACCUGUCUUCAAAAGAGUUUUACUCCGGUCUAGUCACAUUCACGGACGUCUAUCUUCAAGACUGUUUACAGCCGUCGACAUCAACAAGAGAAAUGGAUAACAGCCCUGGAGGUGGAGUUAUCCUGUAUGCAGGCUCAUCUGGCAGUGCCAGCCCCAGCCCCGGCAGCCCCUCCAGCGGGUACCAGACACAGUCACCGUCUUCACACUCCCAGCCCUCAUCUCCAGAGGAGGUUACGUUCACAGAGAUUGGGGCGCUGAAACAGAGGGCAGGUGGGUGCAACACCCCAUCCUCCAAACUGGUGUUCCAGUUUCCCGAGGUCUACAGUGGCCCCUCGGCAGCAGCCACUCCACAGCAUACCUAUGCGCAUCCCAUCGCGGGAAAGAGGCCAUGCGGGUUCACAGGAACUUUCACAAAGACAGGUGGAAUGGUCCUGCUUUGCAAAGUCUGCGGGGACAUCGCAUCUGGUUUCCACUAUGGCGUGCAUGCAUGUGAGGGUUGCAAGGGUUUUUUCCGCCGCAGCAUCCAGCAGAACAUCAACUACAAGAUGUGUGUGAAGAACGAAAACUGUCUGAUCAUGCGCAUGAACCGCAACCGGUGCCAGCACUGCCGCUUCAAGAAAUGCCUCUCUGUUGGCAUGUCAAGAGAUGCUGUGCGUUUCGGCCGCAUCCCUAAGAGAGAGAAGCAGCGACUUCUGGAUGAGAUGCAGAGCUACAUGAACAGCCUAAAUGAGUCAGCUGCCAUGGACAUGGACUCGUCUUCAGUGAGGGACGCUUCCUCCAGCCCAGAUGAUGGCAACUCGAAAGAGGCCAUUGGGGCCAUCUCCAGAGCCUACCGCGACAUCUUCACCAGCCGCAGAAGCAGCAGCCAGGAGAGAGCAGCCAAGAGGGCUAACAUUAUCACCACCAACAACAACACAUCUCCCUUUUCUCAGGAUGCCAGUUUUCCCCAAGCCUCCUCUCACCCCGCCCCUGCCCAGAGUUACCAGUCUUGCCCUGUUGCUUCUGCCACUCGAUGCCCAGUUGCCCCUAACAACAACCCACAUACAUUCCACAAUGUGGACAACAAUCGCUAUACCUACUUAGUGUCAGCUAAUCAGAAUAACAAUCACUCAACAAGUACAACACCUCAAAGGAGCAGCUCUGACAAUCACAACAGUUUUCACAAUGCAGGAAGUACCCAAAAUCAGCCCUCCUGCCCGUGGAAAUUAGCUCCAGGAGCUAAAGUGCUGGCAUGUCCUCUAAAUGCGUGGCCUGUAUCGGGGGCAGAGCGCACGAGUCAGGAGAUAUGGGAAUCCUUCUCUCAGUGUUUCACUCCUGCUGUCAGGGAGGUGGUAGAGUUUGCCAAGGGCAUCCCAGGUUUUCAAGAGCUUAGCCAACAAGACCAGGUCAUGCUGCUCAAAUCAGGCACCUUCCAGGUUUUGAUGGUGAGGUUCUGCACCUUGUUCAAUGCCGAGGAGCGUACAGUGACCUUCCUGAAUGGCCAAACAUACCCCCUGUCCACCCUGCAUGCGUUGGGCAUGGGCUCUCUGCUGGAUGCAAUGUUUGACUUCAGUGAGAAGUUGGGCUCCCUGGGGCUAGAGCCUGAUGAAAUGGCCCUCUUUAUGGCUGUUGUGCUGGUCUCUGCAGACCGUUCUGGCAUCUUGGACAUGCGGGCUGUGGAGCAGCUACAGGAGGGUCUGAUCCGUGCCCUGCGGUCACUGAUCACUCGCCGUCGCCCAGAUGACACCGCCCUCUUCCCCAAACUCCUCCUGCGCCUGCCAGACCUGCGCACCCUCAACAAUCUGCACUCUGACAAACUGUUGGCCUUCCGCAUCAACCCUUGAGCAGGCUGCUUGUUCACAGUGCACACAGACAAAAAAAAACUGUUUUACACAGAAAGAGACAGUACACCACACACGCAUACACACAAACACACGCACAGAUAUUAUCUUCCAAGGGCAGGACUUCCUUGAAAAUUGUGGAACAAGGAAUUGUGCAAUCUGAGGAUCGUUUUUCAAAAGGAUGAAUGAGGGAAGUAGCGAACUCAUUUUUGAUUCGUUAUCGAUCUUCAUGCAAUGUUUUAGGACAUACAAACACACACAUGUAAACUCAUGUAAACACAUAAACCUCAACACCUCUUGAGAGACAUUGUCCCAGUAAAAAAAUAAAUGAUCAUGUAGAGUUACUAUUACCCUUAUGGACAAAUCAUUUGUGCACUUGCUCAUUAUAUCCAAAAAAACAGUUCACUUCUGUUUAUUCCUUAAAUCGUACGUUAUCAACAGGCCAUCACCAAGCAGCAGCUGAAAGAUGGAUAUUGUAGAUCCAAACAGUUAUUACUUAGGGACCAUUAGUGUUGAUUGACUACAUGUCAGUUUGUGUUUAAGACAAAGGGAAUCUGUAUAUAAUACCUAGUGAAAUCUGAUAUAUUAAGGUAAUUGUGUAACUGUUUCACAAACAUACCAUCUGCAUUAGUACUGGAAUGAGACCACUAUUUUAAUGUGUCACUUGCACACAAUAGGAUGCAUUCUGUCUCUUACUAUUUGAUUGAUCUUCCAGAAAACAUUUAGCACACCUCGGGUUUAGAUAUGCCAACUUCAGAAGUCCAAGGGCAUUUUAUAUUAUUUCACAAAAACUAGUGUCUGCAUCACUAUAUCGUGUCACAUCUGGACUGAUGGAAACACUCCAUUGCAUGUUGGAUUUUGGAGUUCCUUUGUUUAUUUUUGUUGCUGUAAAUAUUAUGUUACCACAAUGUUUUUGUAUCAAUGACUGAACUGAUGUGAUGGAUUGUACAGAUGAGUUUGGUGUAAAGAAGAAUGUAUUGAUCUUCCAAUAUUAGGAGGUGCCACGGGGGCUUUGCACAGGAGAAUAUGUAAAAGGGAUUCUCAGACGUCUUAGACGUACUUCCUGCUAUCAGAUUAUGUAACCAACCAGCAUAAUCCCAGAAAUCACCAGCACUCACUCAACAUGCACCCUUCCUCUGCCGCCAAUGUUUGUCAUACAAACACAAAAGAUAUUUUGGGGUGAGAGAUCUAAUUUAAUUGGUCCUCUCACUGUUUGCUUGUUUGAUUGUGGCUGAUUGAGGACAUCUUGUACAUUUUGUAAAUCUUUCUUCCUAAAUAUAAAUGAUAUAAUGAUAUAAAGUUCAAAUGAUGUAUUACUCUA